AGGCUGCUUCUAUUAACUAUUCUCCUAUCCACCGCCACUCUCACAACAAUCACUCCUUGACCUCUCUCAACUCCUACCAGAACUCCACAUAUAACUCUCUCUGUACGUUGUUCGUCCUCGACCUUCUUGACUACUACGUAGCCCGGUGAACCAGCUUGCCGAACACCCCCCUCCCCGCAAUCCGGUCGCACCACCAUUAUCAGCAUCAAUCUACAGCCACUGACUAUAUACCCCUUCGCAGUUCUCUUCGCAUAGGAUCAAUUUAUAUCCAUCGUCAUGUCUCUCGCAUCAGGUGUCACCGUCGAUGAUGAAUGCAUCAACAAGUUCAACGAAUUCCGUCUAAGCCGCGGCAAGACCAAGUUCGUCAUCUACAAAAUCACCGACGAUAAGAAGCGAGUCGUCGUCGACGAUGUUUCCGACGACGCCGAUUGGGAGGUUUUCCGUACAAAACUCGCUGAUGCCAAGGAUGCUGCCGGGAACCCUGCGCCUAGAUAUGCUACCUACGAUGUUCAGUAUGAGAUUCCGGGAGAGGGUCAGAGGAGCAAGAUUAUCUUCAUUUCGUGGGUUCCUCAAGACACUCCCACGCGUUUGUCUAUGCUUUACGCCAGCACUCGCGAGGUUCUCAAGAACGCCGUGAAUGUCGUCCAGUCCAUCCACGCCGAUGACAAGUCUGACAUUGAAUGGAAGAGUGUCCUUGCCGAAGUCAGCAAGGGCAAGGGCCAAUAAAUUACAUUCUCUUUCGUACUUUGAACACACCGGCCGGUUUCCGGGGGAAUAUGGACUUUUAUGUGCUUCACAUCUUGCAUGCACUGCUGUAAAAUUCACUCAAAAUAAACGUUCGCAUUCCCUCGAUUGAUUGAUUGAAUGAAUGAAUGAAUGAAAUGGACUGCCAAUAUUCCUUCCACUUCCAUCAAUGAUUUCUUUUGUUGUGUUGUGUGAUUGAGGUUCGAUUAGUCUGGAUUCUUUUUUACUUUGGCAGUUCGCAUUGCGUUGUUUUCUGAACUGUGUAUGAGCUUGAAGAUGCACAAGUCAAAUAUCUCUGCUUUUCCUUUCUAGUCUCGUUAGUUUUGCUUGAUGAACAGAGGUUUGUUGGGUUGA